UAGCGAACCGGAUGCAGGCAGCAGGUGCCACAGGAAGUGUGUUUGUCCAUCCUUGCCUGCUGAAAAAAGAAGCUAUCGGCAUUUUAUUGCAACCACCCGAUCAAUAAUCACAUCGAAAGAAAAAUAACUGAUAAUCUGAAAUGAGCACCGCUGUGCCCAACCACCGGAGGACCAAGCCUGGAGGCAUAAAGCCCGGGGCCGUGAGCAGCGGAGCGACUGGGCCGACCUCCCAGAUACCUGGUCUGUCCCAGAGCGCAGAUGAAACCUCUCCGGUGGAGAGGUCCACCGGACGGCGGGUUGGGAUAUUUGAGAGCGACUCGGACUACGUCAAGCUUGCAAAGCAGGGAGGACACAAAGGGCUGUUGAGUCAUGAUAAUGAUGCUGAGGAUAUGCCGCAGAAACCCUACAAUCCACCCAACUGGUUUGGUGAUGAGGCAAAGAGUGGAAGCAAAGCAACGUCUCCCAACAGCCAGAUGAAGGGGGGCAGCCAGCCUCUGGCUGCACCGUUUGGCACUGAUAACAAUUCGUCCUGGGAAAGAGAGACUGAUAGAUUUAACGAUAAGAUGUCUCCUGAUGAUGCUACCACUGAGUUGGAGGGCCUGUCCUUAACCAACAAAUACAAGCGAACGUGUUAUGAAAAGAAGGCUCCUCCGGUCAGCAUGUCCAAGCUCCUGAGUCAUGGUUAUGUGGAGGACAAGAAGAAGUCUCCCAAUGACGACGAUGAAGCCUCAAGUGUGACCUCGGAACAUACCAGCACCAUCGCGACGGAGGAUGUGGAUGACCUGGAGUGAGAACGCACAGGUCGUCGUCUGGAGGGAAAGGAGGGCGUCGUCCUUACACUGGUUCAUGGUGUCACAAAUCCACAAACACGCCACUCCGCCCGUCUCAGAUUCACUCACACUUAUUGUGCAUCCACUGACUCUUAGGUUUUGUAUUCAUGUUUAUGCAAAAUUGCUGUCCUCUUUAUUUGCUUUUAUUUGUUGAAAACAAUAAUUCACAGAUUUCGUUGCGUAGACGUGUCGGUGACUGCGGUAUUUUUGUUGCCCCCUCGUGUUUUCGUUUCUCGAUUUUGAAAGACGAGUUGUGCGCAGGGCAGGAAACUAACAUUGUGGUGCUGUUAUUUAACCUGCUAGUUUUAUUUUAUUUUUUUUUAAUUCAAAACGAGACACAGGCUAAAUCUAAAAUUCUUUGGCUGGUGUUAGUUUCCCUCCCUGUUUGUAUGAAGUUCAAGUUAGUGAAUGUUACAAAGUCUUUGUGCUAAUUCAUUGUGGUUCCAGUGCUGUGAAACAUUAUUUGUUUCAAGGGCUCCCGCUUUCUGAAGGGAUGCUAGAGGUUUUUGUGAUUUCGGCUGCGGUGGUGGAAAUGACCAUUCGUUGAGACAGCAACCCUGCAGCUGUGACCAUACGCCAAAGGGCGAUCUGACUGCCGCAACCGCCGCGGUUUGUUCAGCUAACAAAGGGUAAAAACGUGAUAUUUAGGUUUCCCGCUCUGCAAAAGGUUUCUCCUCUCCUCUGUUCCUGACAUAGCUCUGUUGUUUUUGACUCCCCUAAAAUAGUGAAACGUGAAGCAACGUAGCGUCAUAUUUAAACAUUAUUUAUGAAAGCUGUUAGUCCAGUAAUCAGAAUGAAGGGACAUUCAGAAGAGAAACGCCUAAUUUGAGAAAAAAAAACGUUGACCAGAAGAAAUUGCUCAAUUAACUUAAGUGACAUUUGCCAGUUUCAAGACAAACGCCAGCAGGUGCUGCAAAUUCAAUUCUCUCAUCGCUGCUUAUUAAUUAGGAAGCUCAUCGGUAAGUCAAUAACAGUGCCAAGUGCUGGAUGCUGGUCCAGAUAUGUCAGGGGCUUGCUGAUGAUAGAGCUAGAUUUGUGUUAUUGUGCACGUUAAAGUGUUGUAUCCUCCUUCAGCCUCAUGCAACAACAGAUGAAACAUUCUGGAAAGUAGGAAAAGGGGGCCGCCUUCUGCAGACUGAAAAUACCAGAGCGUUGGUGUCAGUGUAAUUCCCUGUGAAGAUGAAGGCAGAGGAGUUUAAAAAAGUGAGUUCCGAACAUGCCAACCAAGCAGUUUUUUCUCCCUGCUCACAUUCAGUGUUUUGACUUAGUGGACACGAGUAGGAGAAAUUAAGUUUUAGUGCACAGCCCGUCCACACCCAACCGUCCAUUUCAUGACGUCUGUAUCUGCCUGAUGGGAUCAUCUUCUGUUCAGAUUAGAGAAAUGGUUAAUGCUGCAUCAUUUUUUACAUUGAAACAACUUCAUAAGAGGGGGGGGGGGGGGAAUCCUGGGCUUUGUGGUGACGUACAAUAUUACAGCCAUGUUCCUGGUUUGCCAUAUUCUUCUCUCUCUUUCCCUAUGUCUCUACUAACAACCUUUUUUUUAAUUUGUCAAUUAAAAUGUACCCAAAGACUUGGCAAAAUGCACUUGGUAUAGCGUGCACAGUACAUUCUCAAAUUAAAGCCAAUGAUCAAAAAAAAAAAUCUGAAUUAAAAGAGCAUAGGAAUAAUCAUGUCAAUGUUUUUGAAUCCUAUUUGUGGCUGCCAGGAGACAUUUUACAUCUGUAGCCAACACUCACUACUGCUGCUACAGUAGGGAGGAGGCACAUCAUCUCCUAACAAGCAAAACUUGGAUUAAUGUAAUUGGUAAAAAAAAUGGUUAUUCCAUCUAUUUAUUUGCUACCAUUUAUUCAGGUCCAGAUACAAAAUUGAUUCCUUGUGGUUUUCCAUCGUUGCCCUUUAUGACCACAUAACUAGUAUUAAAUUCCAUGUUAUGCAACGUUAUAAAGUUCUGUGAGUGUUAAAUAUGUUGUCGAGCCCCUGCGGAAACCCUGACGCCAGAGACGUGACUUUUGAAACACUUUGACAACCUUUUGAAGUGCAAGAAAAUGAAUAGUGGUCUAAGUGGACAGUGAGAUGUAACCCUUUCAACUUUCUAGUUUAAUUUGGAGCUCUGCUGUAUUGCAGAGUGCUCAUAAAUUCGCCCUCACCUUUUCACCCUCUUCCUCUCCUGCUUGCUUUUAUGGUUGCAAUUAGAUUGACAGUUUUAGCCUUGAAUCAUUGAACAGUUAUACUUUUUUUUUUUUUUUUGAUGUAACUCUGAAGCAGACUGACAGUAAAAUCCUAAUCCUUCAGCGCCGUUUGUCUGGUGAAUAAGCUGCUCUUAAAUUGAAUAGGACAAGGACGCUUUUGGGUCUGACGGCAAGAUUUAAUAAAUCCAAUAGAAUCCUGCAUCUCGAAAUGAUACAGCAGUCACACGGACUCUCGUUUGAAAAUAAUUUUACUUGAUGUGUCAUGUUCAGCACAACUGUCCGGUUGUCACUUUUUUCCCCUCAACACAAUAUAUUUAAGCAGCGAUGUAUAAUUUAUCUGUGUGUAGUAUUAAAAUAGUGUCAAGUGCUGUUCCAAAACUAGAUGCUUUAUUGUGUUUAGUGACACUGGAUCGUAUUUUCUUGCAGUACGAAGAAUGGCGAAUGUAUCAUCCAUUUGAUAUGGUUUGCUUUGGAGAACGGGUUUACUUCUAUGAACUGUUACAGUAAAUUUUCAGGUACCGUAUUUAGAUUUAAAACAUAAAUAGUGCUUUGCCGUUACAGUAUCAGUUUACGAACCAGUAUGUGGGAAUCUUUUAUUGGCUUAACUUUGCAGUUCCCUCCCCUAAAAUCUCGUCACCUGUAUGUCCCCCUCUUGCUUUUUAAUCUGCAAAUGGCAAUAGCUCAUUUAAAAAAAGAAAAUGCAAAUCUACCAGAGGAGAGUGAAGUGGGCAGGUUUUAAACUGAAGAUCCCUUAAGUGUUCAUUGUGAGUAGAAAUCCUCACAACUCAAUGUAUAUCCCUGUUUAUUUGGAUGACUGCUCACAGACUAUAAACUAUUAUUUAAAUAAAUGGGCAUGUGCAUGUAA